GCACCUGCACCAGGAGCCAGGUGAUGGUGAUGCUGUUUUGCUGCUCUUUGUCACAAGGAAAUCGUUUUCUCCUCCAGCGAAACUCACACCCACUGGUUUUCCGCCACGAGGGAGGUGAUAGCGGGGAUCCCAGGCGGAAGCAUUGGCCGCUCUCCUACCUGAAUGGCUGAUAAAAAUAGGACUUAACUCAGCCAGCCAUCUGCCCGGGUAUAAAAGAGCCACCUCCCAGGGGAGCCUGACAACCCUUCGUGCCUGUGGCCGGAGAGCUUGUCUCGACAUAAGUCCAGAAGGGCUGAAACACUGAUGGAAAGCAACAUGCAGGCUCUGGCGGGGGAGAAGCCUUGGCAGGACAUGGGGAGGCAGCCGUCGGGCAAGAUCCUCUCUCUGGACAGGCAAGGGGCCAAGAAAGUGCUGGAGAUCUACGUCAAGCGCUCGCUGAGCUGCUGCGAAAACUCACUGAUGGCCAAAAAAAAGUUUCAGGAGAGAGCUGGAGGGCGGGGGAGGAAGGCAGGUGGGCUGCAACGGUCGAAAAGUGACUUCUGCAAGUAUUCGUGUGCCAAACAUGGUCCCAGGAAGGACCAGGAGGAGCAACCCAAAGCACCAGACCUGGAUGAGGCUCUGGAUGAGAACAGCAAAGCUCCUGGGGAGGUCCCUAAAGAGGAGUUGGAGCCCAAGAGGAAAAGCACAAAAAACUCUUCCCAGGGCAAAACCCAACGCACCUGGUUCAAAAGUUUCUUAAACGUAAUCUUCAAGAAGAGCCCUGAAGACCAGAAGGAAAGUGCAGGACAAAAAGCAAAGCAGAAAGAUGCCAAAGCUCCUCACAGCUCCAAAACAGAAGGGGCUAAAAGACCCGGAGGGGACUGGAGCACGUCCCCGCUGCUGGGCAGAGCCCUGAAGAAGAGACCCAGCCUCAAGAAGGUUUUCUCCUUCAAGAAGCGCGUGGAGGAGGAGCGGGGAGAGGCAGCGGCGGGGGCGAGGGCCAAGCGCCCCAGCUGCCUUCCCCUGCGGCACAUCCAGGCGCCGGCCACUGCAGCAGAGGUGGAGCAGCCCGAUGGUUACUAUGCACAAGUCUCGGAAGAGAUCGGGCUGAUCGUGCAGGGCAGCGAGAGCCAAGGGAGCAGAGUACGUGGCUGCGAGGAGCCCCCCCGGCUGACCAGCACUGACGGGGUCGAUGAAGCCAUCAGGAGAAUCGUCGCCCUGCUCCAGAGUGCAGGAGAUGAGCUGGACAGGCAGGUGAAGGAAGACGCACGGCUACGGAUGUUCUUCAGAGACAUGUCCUACAGCUCCUUCAAGAACCUGGCCGAUGCCUACGUCCAUAAGGAAAUGACAGCCAGCAGACCCGACAUCAACCCCCAGGAGAUCCAGUUUGCCUUCACGGUGCACCUCACCGCCAAGGUAGCCGGCAUCUGCAACCAGGCGGUGAACAGGAUCAUGGGCUUCGGCACCCGCUACCUGGAAGAUUCAUUCGCACCCUUGUCCUACAGCAAAAUUCUCCAGCAGAACAGAGAAAAAUUCAGCACAGAUAACUGCGAGAGCCCGGACUGACAUGGGCUGCUCCCAAAGACCUGCGGUACCCGGGAACCCAAGGAUGCAGAUUUCCUGAUGUGGGGCACGGUUCCUCUUGGCGACCUGGAUGUGGGGUGAUUUUCUGAGCCGUGGCUUAAAAAUUUUCUAAGAAAACCCCACAGCGACAGCCACAGCAGGAUGAAAUGCUUAAAACCCACGUGGCUGGGGGCGAGGAGGCUGUAAAUCAAACGCAGCCCAAAUUUCACCCUGUAUUUGCAUUUUAGCUCUCACCAAGUGCAUGUGCUGAACCUCACGGUUUGUUUGUAUUCACGUGUGUGUAUUUAUUUACCGGUGUUUCUCUACCUAUCUGUGAAUGUACAGCAUCAUUUUUGUACUUCUGUUGUCAGCCAAGCAUCCAGUUCAGGAAAAAAAAAACCCUAAAACUCAA